CUCCGGCAGAUGACAGUUUUGGUAGGAACAGCAGGGGCACCAUGACAACGGGGUCCUGGGAUCCACGUCUGCUUGUCCUGGGACUGCUGCUGUGGGCGCUUGGCCCCGCCACGUCCCAGGGCGGGAAGCUGCUGGUGGUCCCAGUAGAUGGCAGUCAUUGGCUGAGCUUGGUCAGGGUCGUCCAGGAGCUGCAGCAGAGGGGACAUGACAUAGUGGUCAUAGCACCUGAUGCCUCCACGCACAUUAAAGAAGGAGCCUCUUACACCUUGAGGAAGUACCCCGUGCCAUUCCAGAGGGAGGAACUGGAAAAGACUUUCAUCACACUCGGGCGUAAUGUUUUUGAGAAUGAUCCUUUCCUGCAGCGUGUGAUCAAAAUGUACCAGAAAGUCAAAGAGGAUUCCGCUCUGCUCUUGUCUGCCUGCUCCCAUCUGCUGCACAACAAGGAGCUGAUGGCCUCCCUGGCAGCGAGCAGCUUUGAUGUCGUGUUGACAGACCCUUUCCUUCCCUGCGGCCCCAUCGUGGCCCAGUACUUGGCUCUACCUACUGUGUUCUUCUUGAAUGGACUGCCCUGCAGCCUGGACUCUCUGGGUACCCAGUGCCCAAACCCACCGUCCUAUGUGCCCAGGCCUCUGUCCUCUAACCCAGAUCACAUGACCUUCCUGCAGCGGGUGAAGAACAUGCUCGUUGCCUUGUCAGAGAACCUUCUGUGCAGUGUGGUUUAUUCCCCAUAUGCAUCUCUUGCCUCGGAAGUCCUUCAGAAAGACGUGACUGUCCAGGACCUUCUGAAAUCUGGGUCUAUCUGGCUUCUCAGAAAAGACUUUGUGAUUGAUUUCCCGAGGCCCAUCAUGCCCAACAUAGUUUUUAUUGGUGGGAUCAACUGCGCUAGCAAAACCCCACUAUCCCAGGACUUUGAGACCUACAUAAAUGCUUCUGGAGAACAUGGAAUCGUGGUUUUCUCUUUGGGCUCCAUGGUCUCAGAGAUUCCGGAGUACAAAGCUAUGGAAAUUGCUGAUGCUUUGGGCAAAAUACCUCAGACAGUCCUGUGGCGGUACACUGGGACUCCACCACCGAAUCUCGCAAAGAAUACGAAACUUGUCAAAUGGCUGCCUCAAAAUGAUCUGCUUGGUCACCCCAAGACUCGUGCCUUUAUCACACAUUCCGGCUCUCACGGUGUCUAUGAAGGAAUAUGCAACGGUGUCCCGAUGGUGAUGCUGCCCUUGUUUGGUGACCAGAUGGACAACGCAAAGCGCAUGGAGACCCGGGGAGCUGGAGUGACCUUGAACGUCCUGGAAAUGACCUCUGAAGAUUUAGAAAAGGCCCUGAAAACUGUCAUCAAUGACAAAAGCUAUAAGGAAAACAUCAUGCGCCUCUCCAGUCUUCACAAGGACCGCCCCGUGGAGCCUCUGGACUUGGCUGUGUUCUGGGUGGAGUUUGUGAUGAGGCACAAGGGGGCGCCGCACCUGCGCCCUGCAGCCCACGACCUUACGUGGUACCAAUACCACUCUUUGGAUGUGAUUGGCUUCCUCCUGGCCGUCGUACUGACAGUUGUCUUCAUCGCCUUUAAGAGCUGUGUCUUUGCCUACAGGAAAUGCUUCGGGAAAAAGGGGCGAGCUAAGAAAACUCACAAAUCCAAGGCACACUGAGAAGUGGGUGGGAAAUGAAAUAGGUUGCAAAUUUGCAAACAGAUAGAGGCAAGUUAAAUUCAUGUUCUACUUUUUAAAGAAAUACUUUGCCAUAAGGUGACAUCCCAGAAUGUUUUUUAAAAAAUAAAAAAUGAUCUAAUGGCUGGUCACACACACAGGCAGAGAUAUGUGAAUAUUUUUUCUGCCCUCUCCAAUAUCUUUAAUCUGCACUACAUUGUCAUCUUUCAAAUGAUGACUUGCUAAGGAGGCUGGAUGGGUUCUUCAAUCUGCAAUACUUUCCUACUCAGAAAUGGGGCCUAUUUGAGAGCCACGGCUGCCCGCUCCUCGGGUGACAGUUAUAACCUCAUCUUCUGGCUUCUCUAGAUGGCUGUUACUGACUCUUCAAGAACGGUGUAUGAUUUCUGAGUUUGAAGGGGAAAGAAUAAGGUGUGAAACUGAUGGGUGAUGUGUCUGAGCAGAUAAUCAUUGCUUGUGCCAAAUGAAUCUGAAUUUGAUCAAAGCCCAAAGUACGGUGUCUGGCAAGUAUAUUUUCUCUGAUGUUUCCCAUAACUAAAAACAUAUUAAUAAAUUCAUAUAAAUUAUA